AUGGAGCGAGUGAAAAAUCAUCUGUUUGUUUUGGAAAGAGAAUGUAACUCUGGUGGCAGGUGGCGCCAUAAUAGUAUUCGUUUGUAUGAUCAUACAAAUGGCAGGAAAACUGAGAACCCGCUUGGCACAUGGCUGAGGGACCACGGCUUCCGAGUGCCGUCCGAGGAGGGAAAGCAAGAUGGCGAAUUGCGGAAUAACCUUGGCUUCACCGGGCAUAAAAUGAAAACUACACUGCUUGACCACAAUAUUCCCGGCGCUUCUCAGGUUCGAUCCCUACUUGACUGGGUGACUGAGGAGAGGAAAAAUGCUUCUCCGGGCAGCAAAAAGAGUGCCACAGGAAUCGAUGUCUUCGACAUUGCCCACUGCCUCCGCGACCUUUUCAGGAAAUACUAUGAAGUAUGUCACCAUGAGCAUAUCGAUUUGCCUAGGGCAUCAAGUAACAUCUACGAUAUGCUUCAGUGGCUUGGUGGCCUGCGGUGGAAUCCGAUGUACAGCACACUGAAGGGGCACCUUAGGACAUUGUUCCCAAGCCCUUAA